AUGGUUUUGGAGAGAACGGCUGAAAGAGAUGAAAACAAUACUCCAUCUGUUCGCCUGCAAGCAUCUCUGCCAUGCUUUUUCUUUUUAUUCAUUGUUCAGGAUUUUGGAUUUUUCAUAGCCGUGGGUGACAGCCAAUAUUCUUUUUCCCUCACAACUUUCAGUCCUUCGGGGAAGCUAGUUCAGAUCGAGCACGCCCUAACGGCGGUGGGUUCGGGUCAAACAUCUCUUGGAAUUAAAGCUUCUAAUGGAGUUGUAAUCGCUACAGAGAAGAAAUUGCCUUCAAUCUUAGUUGAUGAAACCUCUGUUCAGAAAAUACAGUGUCUGACACCAAAUAUUGGAGUUGUUUACAGUGGUAUGGGUCCUGAUUUUCGAGUUUUGGUUCGGAAAAGUAGGAAGCAAGCUGAACAAUAUCAUAGGUUGUAUAAGGAACCAAUUCCAGUAACACAACUUGUAAGGGAAACUGCAGCUGUUAUGCAGGAGUUCACUCAGUCUGGCGGAGUAAGGCCUUUCGGUGUAUCUCUACUGGUUGCUGGAUGUGAUGACAAUGGUCCACAAUUGUAUCAGGUGGAUCCUUCUGGUUCAUAUUUCUCAUGGAAAGCCUCAGCAAUGGGGAAGAAUGUCUCAAAUGCAAAAACAUUUCUUGAGAAGAGAUACACUGAUGAUAUGGAGCUCGAUGAUGCUGUUCAUACUGCCAUCUUGACUUUCAAAGAGGGAUUUGAAGGACAAAUCUCAGGGAAAAACAUUGAAAUCGGCAAAAAAUUCAGGCAAGUCCCUGCUUCAACUCUUUCCUCCUUCCCAAGUAUUUUGCCUGCAAUAUGCUGAUGGGAAAAUAACCUUUUAAGAAGUGCCAUAAGUGCUCCUUUUGGCUUUAACGUGCAUUUUUUAUUAUUAUUUUGCAGGGUACUUAUGCCUGCCGAAAUUGAUGAUUAUUUGGCCGAAGUCGAGUAACUUGUCUUGCUAUUCGAGACUAUCUACAAGUGUUUCUUUUAUGUAACAUUUGUUUCGAGACUUCCAAUUCGGUCAAAUGCUGUUAGUUCAUCACUGGAAUUGAAAACAAAGAACUUUGCCAAUGUCCGCUUGAUGCCGGAACUGAAAUUGGACAAGUUAUAAACUUCGGGUUUAGUUUAAUUGAUUUAUACAAUCACUUUUAAGAGCUUUUCUCUUUCAUUAUCAUC